AUACUUGCAAAUAUAAACUUAAAUUUAAUACAUCAUAUUUAACAUUUUUCGUACGUGACUUAGAAUGGAUUUAAUCGCGCGCAUCGAAGCUGUUACGUUGAAAAUAAUAAAGCAGAUAUCUGUUGGACAGCCACCGUACGUAUCGUACUGUAAUGGAAGCCGAAACAUCGCUACAGAAUCUAGUUUACGGAAAGAAAAUGUUUGCACAACCAGUCUUCGAGCAAAUACAAUGCCAAACGAUUGUACGUUUGACUUUGCCGAUGAGCAGGACACGAGAAAAGAAACUAAUUUAAAUAAUGAAAAUUUGAAAAAGAUAAUUGUCAAUUUCGCGGUAAAAGGUAGCAGGAAUAAAUUCAUUCUAAUGGUGAUGAUAAUGUCCGAGGCUCAUCGUUUGUUGCUAACAAACACAACCAAGAUGAAACGAUCGUUUUAUUACGAUCUGAAGAAUGAAAUAACUAAAAGUUUGACGCCUCAUCAAAGAUCAAUCGAACGUGCAUUGAAUAGUGUGGCUAAUUUAUUAGAGUGCGCCCCUUGGGAUUUGAGAUUGUUAGCAACGCCUAAAGGAUUAGUGGCAGGAAAUAUGACCAUCACACUACUCGACAAUCGAGUUGUCGAUUGCGCGAUACUCGGAGGCGUGCAGAUCCCACAAAUUAUUUUAAAUGUAACUUCAAUUCGUGUGAAAGCCAACUUUGUCUUGGUUAUCGAGAAGGACACAAUUUUUCAAAAAUUACUUGAAGAAGAUUGCCCUCGUAUUUUAAAAUGUAUUCUAGUGACAGGAAAGGGCUAUCCAGAUAUGAAUACCAGAAUGCUGGUUAAUAUUCUAUCUGUAAAGAUUGGUCUACCGGUUUAUAUAAUCGUAGACGCGAAUCCUUUUGGUGUGGAUAUUAUGUUGCUUUAUCGCUUUGGCUCGUCGAAAUUUUGCCGACAAAACGAAAGCUUGGCUUGCCCUAACGCGCGCUGGCUCGGAAUCCAUCCUUCGGAAUCAGUUAUUUUAGGAAUGAGAACAAACUCGCUCACUAAGACCGAUUUCGUGAAAUUGAGAUCUAUUGAAAGCCGGACUUAUGUAAAUGAUGAUAUAUCGAAAGAGCUGAGCAUAUUGCGGAAGGGCAAGGCUGAUAUAGAGGCGUUGUCUUCCUUUACAAAAAACUUUCUUACAGCAACGUAUUUGCCGUACAAAAUAGAUGGCAAAAAGUAUAUUUAAAAUAAUAUAUCUGUAAUAUUAUCUAAUAUUUUUUAAAUAAUGUCUGUCUCUUUCCUUCUAUAUAAUUAGAAAUGUUUUUUUUAAGCUACACAAAAAUAUCCAGCUAAAAUUAAUUCUAUAAAGUUGUCAUUAUAUUUUUUUAUCAAAAAAAUGUGAGAAGAAGAUUAUUAAAAUUUUAUAAUAAAAUAAAAAUGUGUAUGUGUACGUGUGUGUGUGUGUGUGUGUGUGUGUGUUAUAUUUCAAAAAACGUUAUAUUUUUAUUUUAGAUAUUGACUAAUACCUUUUCUGAAAAAAGUUUUCUUGCUAUCUCACGGCAUUACAAACCACGGACACAUACAUACACACUUUUAUAAAACAAACCCAUAUAUAUAUAUAUGGAUUUAUAUUAUUUUUUUUUGCUAAAUAAAGUCUCAAAUCUGCAAUUUCAAUAUCUUAAUUUUUAUAUGCUGUUAAAAGUUGUCCAUCAAAACUGUAACAGAAAAAAUAAAUACAUGAUAAAUAUAUCAAGACUAUUUUUCAGAUAAUGUAACAGUUUAUUGAAAACACUUUAUUCGCCCAAUGUUCGGGCCGAGCCUCGCCGAUAUUAAAAAACGCAGAAUCUUAAUAACAUGAUUAUUCCGUAGGUGAAAGAUAACUUGGACAUUAUCCGCGAAAUCGACGAUGUAUUAUGUGUUUAUAAGCCAAGUUAAUUUUAAUUCAUCUCGAAAGUUGCGAUAAGAGAAAAGGAGAGAUUUGAAUUCUCUCUCUCUCUCUCUCUCUCUCUCUCUUUCUUCUAAUUAAUAUUCUAAUAUCUAAAUGCAUAAAAGGAGAAAAAAAGUCGCAAAUACUUUACGCAUAUAAAAAUAUUACAAAUAUCGGAGUAAUAUGUCUCUUCGAUCCUCAUUAUACAAUAUAAGCAUAUGCAAAAAAAAAAACUAUAAUAUAUACAAUAUCAGGCUCUUUGAAAUAUCUUAUUAAUUUUUAAUUAAUAAGAUAUUAUUUCCUUUAUUAUAGUUUCAUUAUAGUUUCUAUUUUCUAUAGUCUUUCCUUUUGAUGUACUAGCAAUGUUCUCUUUAGCAGACCGAAAAAGAUAAAAUUAAUUUAUAUUAUAGCGCUCGCACAUUACAUUACUUAUUUUCUGACAUCACCGAAUGCAUCGGUACAAAUUACCGAUUAGUCGAUUUCGUGGAUACUUUCGGUGCAGGGGUGGAGGGGAGGGGAGGGGAGGGGAGUCCGUGCGAAUAUCGCCAAAAAUCUAGUAUAAAUUACUUUCGUAUCCGUUCCGAGUCGAAAGCGAGAAUCGAUCAAGCACUCCGAACUCCGUGACUGUCAUCGAUCAUGUAUGUAUAUCGAUUUUGAUGAAAUAGAUGUAAAAAAAGAAUUUUUCUAAACAGUCGGACACACGCUUUCGAGCGGGCACAGACUCGUUUCGGAAUCAUAAAUUGUUCGAGACAAAAAGUACUCACUCGUCAUCAAGAUGUCAAUUUGUUCUCUCUCUCUCUCACUAUAUGUAUAUUAAAAAGAAUUUCGAUAUUCUGAAAUAUUGAUAAAAAUUUUAAAGUUAUUUAGAAUUUAAAUUCUACGGAAAGAGCGUCGGGGCUAUUUAUUUAUUUAUUUUUUUUUUUUUUUAACGAGGAAUCAAUGAAAAAUAUAAUUUAACAUUUUUUAAAUAAUCUAAUUUCUAAAUUUGCCGUAAAUUGAGGCGUUCUGUUUUUGGCAAUCGACAGUCGAUUCACCUAUGUGACGAAUGUACGUGAUUCGCAUGAAUUUAUUCAUGCAUUCGCACGGGCUCAGUCCUUAUAUAUCUAUUUCCGCAUGAACUAUCUGUUUCUUUUAAUAUGUUGCAUUGUGUAAAUGUGUAUGUAUUUUUGUGUAUGCCCCAUGAUUAUGAGUAUACUUUUCUUUGCCUUUAUGCUUUUUUUUCCUCUUUAGCCUAAUGGCGAUAAUAUGUUUUACCAAAAGCUAUGGAUAUCCUUACGCGCUGCUACCAAGAUUUCUUUGUUGCGAUUAAUUUCAUAAUUCGCAUGCUUGCUUUGCGUAUUUUGCCUUUGUGAUAAUUUUUUUUUCCGUUGCCCUAUGCUUACAUUUAAUUCGCCUCUCACUUUCUUCUGCCAUUAUUAUAUUUAAUAAUUGAUUGUGAUUUUUUUACAUACGCACAUACUCUCUCGCUUUCAAUCACAUUCGCUCCAUCUUUAUUUCCUCCUUCCCUUUGUAUAACUCACCACAAUUUCACUGACCAAU